AUGGAAAACAAAGUGAGCCCCGCAAUCACCCAGCUUACUGCAAUGAAACUUUCCAGGCCCAAUGCAGAAAGAGUAACUCAGGCAGAGGGUGUGGACUCCCAGAGUGGAGCAGAUGUAGCUGAAAGUCUACGUAGAUCUAGAAAGCUGGUGGUCAAAUUACUGGACAUCUUGCAGUCCUAUUUUGUCACGGAUUAUGACCCAACCAUCGAGGAUUCCUACACAAAGCAGUGUGUGAUAGAUGAGAGAGCAGCCCAGCUAGAUAUUCUGGAUACGGCAGGACAAGAAGAGUUUGGAGCUCUGAGAGAACAGUAUAUGAGAGCUGGCGAGGGUCUCCUGUUGGUCUUUUCAGUCACAGAUCGAGGCAGUUUCGAAGAAAUCUGUAAGUUUCAAAGACAGAUUCUCAGAGUGAAGGAUCGUGAUGAGUUUCCAAUGAUUUUAACUGGUAAUAAAGCAGAUCUGGAUCAUCAAAGACAGGUAACACAGGAAGAAGGACAACAGUUAACACGACAGCUUAAGGUAACAUACAUGGAGGCGUCAGCAAAGAUUGGGAUGAAUGUAGAUCAAGCUUUCCAUGAACGUGUCCGGGUUGUAAGGAAAUUUCAAGAGCAGGAAUGUCCUCCUUCACCAGAACCAACACGGAAAGAAGAAGACAAGAAAGGCUGCCAUUGUGUCAUUUUCUAAGAAUCCCUUGAAUUUUAGCUACCAACUGCCAGGAAAAGCCCUCAUCGUCUCCUCUUCUCCUUAUGGUUUACAUCACAUCGUGUUGGUACCUUUCUAGCCUUGGACAAACGAUCGCCGUGGCUAGUAGCCUUAGACCAAGAAGCUGGCUAAUCCUUUCCAUGAAGCUAAUCCUAUGGUCAUUUUGAGACACGUUUAAAGGAAACACUAAGGCUGCCUCAAAGAUUAUCUGAUUUCUUAAAAAUAAUGAUCUAUAUACAUAGACACAUUCUUUUUUAAGGGCUUACGUUUUAAUAGGGAUGAAUCAGUUUUGGAACCUAAGCUGUUUGCCAAGCUGAAGUCAUAGGUUGUGAAAUUAACUUGUAACUUCUGGAAUCAUAUUGCCUAUUGUUACUCUAAAUAGAAACAUGAGUUGUUUUUAAAUGUGAAUUUUUUGCCUAUCUCUAAAAAAUUUGAUUUCAACUUUAGUUAACCUUAAGUACACUGAAUUGAAUCCACAAAAGUGAUACAUCUCAGACCUUUACUGAUGCUACAGCCUUUGUUUUCCAGUGGCCAAAAUACCAAAAUGCCUGCUAUGUUUAUAGAUUAAAAACUGUGUAUAAAGCCUUUAUUACACCUCCAUUCCUAAAGAUGAUAAUAAUGUUCUUUGUGGCCAAAUAUUUGGACUCAUUCUGGAUUUAGGCAUUUCAAUGUUCUUGGCUUUUUAAGUUAACUCUUCUCAUAGCCAUGUUGAGAGUAAAAAUAAUUAAUUUCUGUCUGUCUGCCUUUUCAAGUAUUUCUGGAUACGGGAU